UCUGGGAUGUGUCGAGGAGGAUAGAGGAAGGAUGACGGCAGUAAGGGUUGAUGGAGCCUCAGCGAUGCUCUGGAGCUGUUUCUGGCAGCCAGAACUGGAUGGGCAGUGACAAAUCAGGAAGAAAAUAUCAUACUCUCUUUGAGGAAGCUGAAGUUUAUGGGUGACUAAACCUUCAUAGAAAACAACCAUCCCAAAGUUUGAUGUGUCAGAGUUCAUUGAAGCUUGGUUUAAUCAAAAGUCAGAAGGUACUAGAGUGACAAUCACUGCUGCCUGAAUCUAGCUCUGUUGGGAAUUCCGUGGGAUUGGAAAAAAAGUGGUUGUAACUUGACAAAUCAGGAAACUUAUUAAAGGUCUUUAGCCACAUGAGGAGGACUAAAACUCCUAAGGUACUCUGUCAGAAACCUGAGUCUGGCUAUGAAUCAUGUUUGCUGCAGGGGAGGCAAAUGGGGCUCUACUAAGUAGUAAAGAUGCUUGUCAUGAAGGGGUUUAAUGAUAUCAAGACUACAGUAACAUUAACAUUAAAAAGUGCAUUUUGGGUUUAAUUGUAAUAUUGCUGAACUAAUUAUUAAGUCCUUCUUGCUUGAACAUUUUGCCAACAAAUCUAAUCUGCAGCCGUGAUUAGACAGUUAUGAUUUGCAACCGUAGAGCUAAUUUAUUGACUCACGCGUGAAGGCAAAAUAUUAUUCCUCACCAAGCAGGACGUUGGUCAGUGAGAAUGGAGAAGUGAGUGAGUAAUGAGUCUAAAACAAUGACACUGUGAGCCUGAGCGAGGAGGAAGUGACACCACGCAAACCAGGUAAAUGUAACGACACACAGCAGUGGCCACAGUGUGAAGUUGUCGUCUGUCACGGAUGAAAUGUCUGUCGACGGGACUAAGCUGCUGUUCGAGGGCUUUCUGCAGAAAAGGAAGGACACUUUGAAGAUUCGAUGGGUGACCUACUGGUUCAGGCUUCAAAACACUACCUUGUUCUUUUAUACCAAGAAAAACGGCAGCGCCUCACAUUUGAGAGGCUAUUACUACAUUUACACAGUCCAGUCGGUGCGGGAGGUGCAGAGACCUGACAAGAAGAGCUUUUUGUUUGAAAUCGUCAUGACGAACGGAAAGAGAAAGAUGUUGGCAGCAGAGACAGCCGCCCUCAGAAAGGAGUGGGUUGGACACCUUUGGCAGGCCAUGCAGUUCUCGUCUUCUGGACUUUUUGACCCCGGAGACAUGGACGGUGUCAUCUUUGAUCCUCGAGCGAGGGCGAACAGCGGCAUCUCCCUGUGCAGCGACAGCGUGAUGGAGGUGCAGCCGGCUCGACCUCUCUCCACCUCGUCGGAGCACAUCUACUCAGAGCCCGGGAUCCUCGCUCCGUCCGUCUGUCGGCCCGCGGACCAGGAGGACAGCGAGGACGACGACGCGACCUACCAGAACCCGCGGAGACAACUCCACUGCAGCAAUCCCUCUGAGGAUCCUGAUUGCUCUGAAGAACAAAGACAAGAUGGCCUCUACGAUGUCUUACCAGCCAGGAAAACCAUAUGUGAAGCCCCUUCAACGCAAACGCAUGAUGCCGUGUAUGACUUCCCUUCGUCUUACAUGAGACCUACUGAACAACAAGAUGCAGUCUACGACGUGCCGUCCCAUCUGUUGAGGAAGAAGAGCGAUCCCACUGAAGACGAGCAGUCAGAGGAGGGAACCUACUGGAGGAUAUGAAGAGAAGCUGGAGGAGGACGGACACGUCUAACUUUGUGGAUCAGAACUAGAGCCGUGCAAUAGUAGCCUAAUGGUCGUUGCAGUACUAAUGGCAGCAGUAUAGCAAUUGCAAAAAACAAAAAAAACAAACAAAAAACAACAACGGUUUGAUGCAAUAUUCAGUAGGUGGUUAUAUUUUAAGGGCUCUGCAUGCCAAGAUUAGCUUUUAAAGUUUAAGUGAAGCUCACUGGUUAUGACUGGGAAGAAUUAUAGGAUUGAGGAAAAUGUGGGUUAGUCAUAAUCCAUAUUAUCAUAGCAAUAUUCAAGAUUACCAUCAUAGCUUCAUUCUACCCCCCCUUGUGCACACAUAUUGCUCUUUUAGAGAGAACUACAGCUGCGGUAAAAAUAAUAAUGAUUUGGGCGGGAACACAGAUGUGUUUUCAGAUUGUGUUUUUUUCUUCUUCUUCUUCUUUUUUUUUUUUUUUUUUUGCUUCUGUAGUGUACCGAAGAAUAUUUAAAUACAUUUCAUAUGUUCUCAGGGUUUGGGAUAGGGAGAAUGUCUCGAUAACGAUUGCUCCGGUCUUGCCGUAACCCUCGCUGCUCUCCAUGCACCGGAGAGAAGUGAGAAACGGUGAAUCAGUAACUGCAGCAGGUGAUUGUCUACUUAAUCAUAUUUAUGUAUGAAAAUAAAAUCAGCCUUUUAAAAUAA